CGCUUGACGCUGAUUUUGUUGUCCUAACCCAGUUACUGUAGUGAGCUAAUGCUCUGCCUCGUCUGAGAACUAGCAAAUACAUGUUGCAGUUAUGUAGCCCAUAGAAGAGGGACUUUGCCCUGCGGUGACCAGCUAACGUUAGCUCAUGUUACAGCCCUCCCUCGUCGUGUGAAACUGCUGCCACUCCGUUUGUCAACCAGCUAGCUAAACUAGCUAGCUAGCCACACGCCAGCGAGCAAGCUGGUGUGAGUUUGCAAUGUGCUGCUGUUUGUUUUCUCUCUCUCUCUGUCGUCUCGGCUAGCUAUUUAACUCAGCAGCCAGGCGGCCAACCUUGCUACGGUGUCGUGAGGUGCGAAGCAGAAAAAACACCGCAUCCAUUUCCUUAUGCUGUUGGUGCUAUCAGGUGUCCAGCUAAGAUGUGGCAAAGUGUCGGGCUCACACUGCUGGUCAUUGUGGCCACACUUGUCUGUGCGCUGCUCUUCAUGCUGUUCGGUUGGUAUGUAGUCUGGCAGCUCUUCCUGUCCAAGUUCAAGUUCCUGCGUGAACUUGUUGGGGACGCUGGGACCCCGCAGGCCGAAACACAGCCGUCCGAAACCAAGCCAGAACGUACAGUUAACGCCUCAACACGAAAUCGGCCCAGGACUGCACGCCAAAGAGUUGCCUCUCCAGAAAGCACUUAAUAGAUCACCCAGACGGCCACUGUGUAUCCUUCACGUCUACUCACGAAACCUCUCCUCACAUGACUACUCGUCAGCCCUCUACCAACGUCACGUGUGACCAUCAGAGAUAUUUCCCACUGAUCCUGCGCUCUCCACUACACAAGGACAUUGUGGACACUCAGUAGCCAGCCCUCCUCUUCACCAGGACACUUUAAACUGACCAGGCAGAUCUCCUGGUUUCAAAGGGAAAAGCCAUUUACGUACAUUACUGUCCAUUUCUUUGUCAUCUGUUCAUAUGUUUGGUUAUGUACAGUCGUCUGUGUACUGAGCAGUGAGUCUGGGGCUCCACUCAUGCCCCUUCUGUUUUCCUGCAAUAGUGACGGCCAGCUUUGAUGAGUGGCCACGCUGCUUCCUGCCACCGAUGUGGAGCCUGAAGAUGCUCCAUCACACAAAGAGAUGUGUUCUUUCAUGCACAUGUUUUAAUCUUGUGUUUUUAACAGAAGUAUGUCCUACUUUGAACAGUUGAGUUCACCUAUAUCAUUUCAACAACUGAAGAUAAACUCUAAACUGAAACAGCGAUUUGUACAACUGACAAUUUGAAUUCCUUUGAAACGUAACAAAGUGCAAUGAAAGGAAUGUUUAUGCUGUCAUUUUGUUGUUUCUUGCACAGUAUACUCUUCGUAUUAUGGACUACCAUCCAGUAGAUAAUGCCCAAAACCCUCCAAGGACCUGUUGGAUAGAAGGAAGAUGACAAAUGACACGGCUUCAUUCCAGUUGUGUAAAAUGUGACCUUUUUUUCUUGCAACUUCUCCAUCACCCUUUUUUUUAUCGACUUAUACUUGAAGAGUCAGGAGAAAGUUUCAAGGAUUGUUGGUGUUCAGAAGCAGCUCUACACAUUAUUAGCUGAUCUCUAGGAGCUACGAAACGAGUGGUGAACCCUCUCCCGUUCCCUGUGCCUCUGUCUGUACCAGUGCCUGUCUGCACAGCAUCCACUGUUUGUUACAUGACCUCCUUUUGUAUAGCUGAGAGUAGCUUGGUUUCCAUUACAGAGCAAAUCAAAGCUGACAAGCAGUUAAUAUUUAUGUAAUAUUCUCCCUCCAGAUAAAGCUCAUGUAACUCUUGCACCUUUUUAUCAAUUGAUUUUUUUUUUUUUGUCAGUGGAGCACUAGCUUCAAAUAAAAAUGCCAUAAACAUUUUGAGCACUGACCUGUUUGUUUUUAAAGAAAUAAUCACUCUGGAGGACAUGUGAUUGGUAGUUCAAAGUAUUGGAAGUAUUCUUUAAUAUCAUCCAUAAAUGACCAGUGUAAUAAAUACAUGAAAUACUCCAUAAACUGUCUCAUUGUAAAUACACGUGCAAAUAACCGUGUAUUUGCCGUUUGGAAAUUCAGAUUGAGAAAACGUGAGUAUUGACAUUUGAUGUCACAGUGGCUGUUUGAAGAUAUGAUGGCUAUUCCAAACUCGUCGAGACUGAACAAACAGCAUAAUCAGUAGAUCAGUAAAUAAAAUAACUGUGCUGCAUUCUGACCUUUGCAUCCCAAACAACCAAUAUUUUAACCUCACUGACGGAAAGUAACUAAAUACAUUUACUCAAGAAGUGUACUUAGGUACAAUUUGAGGUGCUUGUGAUUGACAUGAGUAUUUUC